AUGAGUGAUCUAUUGCAGGCCUCUGUGAGAGACGCAGAGGCUCGCAGAUCGACAUCGUCAUCGAUUACUUCCAUACAACAUCAGAUCGGACAGAAAAUCAAUCAAAACACCAACACCAAAACCAACACCAAGCGACAUCCACUCCAAAAAGAAACCAAAGCUAUCAUGGCAGCUUCCAAUCCCGAAGCUAGCUCUUCAAACCCCGUCGACAUGCAACUCGAUCAAUCAACCAUCGAUGAAAGUCUCUACUCCAGGCAAUUAUAUGUCCUUGGACAUGAUGCCAUGCAGAAGAUGGCCAACUCGGACGUGUUGAUUGUCGGCAUGAAAGGAUUGGGCGUCGAGAUCGCCAAAAAUAUCUGUCUAGCUGGUGUCAAAUCUGUGACUAUACAUGACCCCGCUCCGACUUGCCAGGCCGAUUUGGGUACCCAGUUUUUCCUACGUGAUUCAGACAUUGGGAAGCCGCGCGAUCAUUCGACACAGCCAAGAUUAGCCGAGUUGAACUCGUACGUUCCAGUUCGUGUCCUAGGGAAGGAACUCACUAAGGAUGUCUUGAAAUCCUUCCAGGUUGUAGUCUUGACCAAUACACCUCUUUCAAAGCAAUUGGAGUUCAAUGACUUCACCCAUCAAAACGGAAUCCAAUUCAUCUCAACAGAUGUCAGGGGCCUUUUCGGCUCGGUCUUCUGCGACUUCGGUCCCGAAUUUGUUGUCUUGGACACCACUGGUGAACAGCCUGUUUCUGGCAUGGUGGUUUCAAUAGAAAACAGCUCUGAAGGACUGGUCACAACUUUAGAUGAAUCGAGGCAUGGUCUGGAAGAUGGUGAUUACGUCUCAUUCACCGAGGUAGAAGGAAUGGACGCACUUGUUCAGGGUGAACCGCGCAAGGUAACUGUAAAAGGUCCAUACACAUUUACAAUCGGAGACACUACAUCACUGGGUAACUACAAAAAAGGUGGAUGGUUCCACCAAGUCAAACAACCCAAAAUGCUACAAUUUAAAUCUCUCCGCGAAUCGUUGUCUCAACCGGAGUUCUUGAUCACCGAUUUUGCUAAGUUCGAUCGACCAGCUAUUCUACAUACAGGGUUUCAAGCUCUUUCGCAGUUUGAAGAAAAGUAUUCCCGUUUACCCAAACCGCGGAACCCUGCAGAUGCCGAGUUAUUCUUAGCAUUGGCAAAAAGUAUCCACCAAGGUGAUGAGGAACUCCCGAAGGAGGUUCUCACAGAAUUAGCUUACCAGGCCAUGGGAGAAUUGGCGCCCAUUACCGCGGUAAUUGGCGGGUACGUCGCCCAAGAAGUCUUGAAGGCUUGUUCAGGAAAAUUUCACCCGACGUUCCAAUAUCUAUAUUUCGAUGCUCUCGAGGCUCUUCCCACUGAAUUACCGACCGAAGCCGAUGCUCAACCUAUCGGAUCCAGGUAUGAUGGUCAAAUCGUUGUGUUUGGAAAUCAAUUCCAGAAGAAAAUUAGCAACUACAGACAAUUUCUGGUCGGGGCGGGUGCGAUCGGUUGCGAGAUGUUAAAGAAUUGGGCCAUGAUGGGUCUAUCUGCUGGUCCCGAUGGCAAGAUAUCGGUAACAGAUAUGGAUUCGAUUGAGAAGAGUAACCUGAAUCGGCAAUUCCUGUUCCGACCCCGUGACCUUGGUUCAUUCAAGAGUGAGGCUGCACCCAGGGCAGUUAGUGAAAUGAAUCCAGACCUCCAGGGAAAGAUUCAAAGCUUUCAAGAAGCUGUGGGAGAUCGUACGGAGCACCUCUUUGGAGAUGAAUUCUUCGAUCAUCUCGAUUGUGUCACGAAUGCACUCGACAACGUUUUAGCCAGACAGUACAUGGAUCGUCGCUGUGUGUAUUACGAGAAACCCCUCCUGGAGUCGGGAACGUUAGGAACAAAGGCCAACGUGCAGGUUGUUCUGCCUCAUCUGACCGAGUCCUAUUCGUCUUCACAAGAUCCUCCAGAAAAAGAGGCGCCCAUGUGUACCUGGGCAAAGGAGCGCUUUUCCGAAUUCUUCACCAAACCUGCCGAGACAAUCAACCAAUAUCUCACAAUUCCGAAUUACAUUGACACCUUGAGACAAGGAGGGAACCCGAUCGAGCAGAUCAACCAAAUCAAAGAAUUUCUCGUCGAGAAUCGACCAACCACCUUUGCCGACUGCGUAAGUUGGGCUCGAUUGAAGUUUGAGUUGGAGUUCAACAAUGAGAUCCGACAGCUGUUACACAGCUUGCCCCGUGACUUGAUUACCAAGGAGGGUGUCCCCUUUUGGUCUGGCCCUAAACGAGCUCCUGAGCCGAUUAGUUUCAACCCCAAUGAUCCUCAGCAUAUGACAUUUAUCAUUGCAGCAGCGAAUCUCCUAGCUUUCAACUACGGAAUCAAAGGUGAUCGGGAUCCUUCCGCAAUCAACAAGAUUGUCAGCACAGUCGCUGUGCCUGAGUUUGCUCCCAGGGCCGGUCUGCAGAUUCAAGUGAAAGAUGACGAGCCGGUUAACAAUCAAGCCAAUGGCGACGAAGAUCAGGCAGAGAUGAUGGCCAAAUUGCCCAAGCCCGAGGAGCUACCCGGUCUCAAACUCCACCCAUGCGAGUUUGAAAAAGAUGACGACACAAACUUCCACAUGGACUUCAUCACCGCUGCCUCGAACCUUCGGGCGACCAAUUACUCGAUCGCCCCCGUCGACAAACACCGCACCAAGCUGAUUGCCGGCCGGAUCAUUCCCGCCAUCGCCACAACAACUGCUCUUGCCACCGGGUUGGUUUGCAUCGAGCUCUACAAGAUCAUCGGCAAGAAAGAUAAGCUCGAGUGCUACAAGAACGGCUUCGUCAAUCUAGCCCUGCCCUUCUUCGGCUUCUCCGAACCGAUCGCCGCUGCCAAGAACAAGUAUUACGAUACAGAAUGGACCCUCUGGGACCGCUUCAAUAUCGAUUACGAUAUUACUUUACAAGAACUGAUUGACUAUUUCAAGAAAGAGAAAAAACUAGAAGUGACCAUGUUGAGUAGUGGAGUCUCGAUGCUCUACAGUAGUUUCAUGGCCAAGAAAAAAGUUGAAGAGAGAUUCAAAAUGAAGAUGAGCGAAUUGGUGGAGGUAGUGUCCAAGAAGCCGAUCCCUUCACAUGUGAAAGCAAUGAUAUUCGAGGUGAUGGUUAAUAAAAUCGAAGCCGAAGGAAAUGGGAACGAGGAUGAGGAAGAUGACGACCAAGAUGUGGAGGUUCCUUACAUCAAAAUCAGAAUCCGUCCAUGA